UCUUGUUCGAAAACUCUGAAAAUUUCUGGGCGUUAAUGUAAAAAUCUAUCAAACCUCUUUCUCUUCUUUCAAUCCUUGGAUCUUUGCUAAUCAGUAAUCAAUCAAUUAUCUUUUUGAGGAGGAGACUCAGGAUUUAGUUUCUUCUUCGAUUCGGGGAUUUGAUUGAAUGGCUAACACUGCUUGUUUUAUAAUUGUGGGUCGGAAUGAUAUUCCCAUCUAUGAAGCUGAAGUUGGAUCUGCUGCCAAAAGAGAAGAUGCUGCUCAGUUGCACCAAUUUAUAUUACAUGCAGCUUUAGAUGUUGUCCAAGAUCUAGCAUGGACUACUAGUGCCAUGUUCUUGAAGUCUGUUGACAGGUUUAACGAUCUGGUUGUGUCAGUCUAUGUUACAGCAGGCCAUACCCGCCUCAUGCUCCUUCAUGAUUCUCGCAACGAGGAUGGCAUCAAGAGCUUCUUUCAGGAGGUGCAUGAGCUUUAUAUAAAGAUUCUUCUGAAUCCCUUGUAUCUGCCGGGUUCGCGGAUAGCAUCGUCACAUUUUGACACCAAAGUACGUGCACUUGCAAGAAAGUAUCUGUAGAGAAGACAGAGAGAUUUCAGUGCUCAGUUUGCUUGUAUCCAUACGUUGUUUCUCUUUUAUCUUCUCUCUGAGAAACGCAGUAAGAGUGACUUAAAGUUCUGAUCUAGCAUGUGAGAACUUGCAGUGAGAAAAGUAUAUCUAGGAAAAGGGUUCGUCAACCGCCCCGGCCAGUCUUCAUCGAGAAGAGUAUGAAACAAAGGCUGGGGUAAGUAAUAAGAUCAUGCAUGGCACAAUGUAUCUUUGCUUCUUCUUCUGGUUCUCUCUAAUGUACACUGCAAGAACCACUUUUGGUCUCAGUGAUUGUGACAAGGCAGCUAUUAUUUAUAUACAAUGGUAGAAGUCGGCAUCAAUAAAAGCUGAAGAUAUGCAACUA